AUGAAAAAACAAGUAACAACACCCAAUACAUCCGAACAAAAAAGGGAUAACAGAUCUUAUGUUAAUCCUAUGGAUGAACAAGAAUGGAAUGAAAUUACAAAUGCCAAAGGUACCUUUGGAGUUGUCGCUCCAACCCAAGUAGAAACACAUGAGCCAGGAAAGAGACUGUAUCCAGAUUCAUGGGAGAUGAAUUUCUGGAAUCGAUAUUUCGGAUGGUUCUUGUUUGGUAACAACGUGAUUGGACGUGCCAUUGGAUUCAUUUUUGUCACACCACUGACCAACCUGACAGGUCUAUCACUUUACUAUCAGCUAUACUUGAAUGAAAUCUUCCACACUCAUUUCAUGACCAGAUUAGCUCAUUUCGUUCUGAUGCCACUUAUCAAUUUCUUCUUGAUGGUAUUCCUCUGUCAAUUCAAUUUCUCAGAACAAUACCUGUGGAUCAAUGCUGGAACAGCUAUGACCGUUUACCUAAUGCUCUGGUACCUGGUUUGGGGACUCACUCAGAAUGCAACUUUUCUCGGUCUGUUCAUGGCUCCUGCACUCUCCCUGUUAUGUUUGUCUGCCAAUCUUUUCUACAACUUCUUCCGUCAUGACGAUGGUCAGAGCCAAGCCUUCUACGACUCCACCGUUAUCUACACCAACCCACUUCUCUGGGUAAUUUUUUGUGGUAUGUUGCAGAGUGGUAGCCACUCAUUCGAACCAAAACUUCCACCAAGAGUAAACCAUACUCAAGAUCGUUGGGUUGGUCUCCACGACUUUAUCGAGAGGGGAUUCAAACAACACCGUGGAUUCCAGACCAUCGGUACAUUAGUUGCAGCCUUCCUCUUUGGUACCAUGGACGAGAUCAUUGCUUCACCAAGAUUAUUCCCAUUGAACGUACUCAAGGUAACCUACAUGCUCGGAUACAAACCAGAACAAUGGGCACAAAUUCAAUUGCUAGCCAAGAAAUCAAUGGAAUUUGGUAAUCCUGCUUUAGAUUAUAUUGGUCAAGCUCAAGCAUAA